UUUGGAGCCUAGUAGGGGGCAGAAGGCAAUAAAUGAGAAAAAGCUGACCAUUAGAUUUGUCUUCCCUCUUUGAUACCAAGUUCUGUUUUUCUUUAGCUACCUUUGGGGGAGUAUUAGCGGCUGUACUCUCCCCUCCCCUUAUAAAAUUCAGACUCAAUUAAACAACUAAUACUAGUAAAGUAAAGUUCAGGGAAGCAAUUCUUUGGGUUCUCUCCAAAGUGAGUUGUGCCUGGAGUGAUGUUUAAGCCAAUGUCAGUGCAAGGCAACAGCUUCUGGACAGUUUCCAGUACCUUUGUAAUGCUUAUUAGCUCAGAUGAGGAGUGGCCCACCGGCUGCUGAGCCCACCGCUGCUCCGGGAACCAGUUAUGCGCCUUGCUCGCUGCUACUGAUCAUGACCAUGACCCUUCACACCAAAUCAUCUGGAGUGGCCCUGCUCCACCAAAUCCAAGGUAAUGAGCUGGAGCCCCUGAAUCGCCAGCAGCUGAAGAUCCCCCUGGAACGGCCUCUGGGCGAGAUGUACGUGGACAGCAACAAGACAGGGGUCUAUAACUACCCGGAGGGGGCUGCCUACGACUUCAACAAUGCUGCAGCGCCGGUCUAUGGCUCGUCCAAUCUCACCUACGCCCCUAGCUCUGAGACCUUCAGCUCCAACGGCCUGGGGGGAUUCCACUCUCUGAAUAACGUGUCUCCGAGCCCGCUAGUCCUUUUACACCCACCGCCCCAGCUCUCGCCUUUCCUGCAUCACCACAGCCAGCAGGUGCCCUAUUACCUGGAAAAUGAGCAGAGUGGCUAUGCCAUGAGAGAGGCAGCCCCCCAAGCUUUCUACAGGCCAAGUUCAGACAACCGGCGCCAGGGUAGAGAAAGAUUGACCAAUGCUGGUGACAAGGGAACUCUGGCUAUGGAAUCCACCAAGGAGACUCGCUACUGUGCAGUGUGCAAUGAUUAUGCUUCAGGCUACCAUUAUGGUGUCUGGUCCUGUGAGGGCUGUAAGGCCUUCUUCAAAAGAAGCAUUCAAGGUAAUAGGCAUAAUGACUACAUGUGUCCUGCGACUAACCAGUGCACCAUUGACAAGAACAGAAGAAAGAGUUGCCAAGCCUGUCGACUGCGAAAGUGCUAUGAAGUGGGCAUGAUGAAAGGUGGAAUCCGGAAGGAUCGCCGAGGUGGGCGCAUGUUGAAGCAUAAACGCCAAAGAGAUGAUCAGGAUGGGAGAAAUGAAGCAGGUCCCUCGACUGACAUGAGAGCUUCUACUCUUUGGCCAAGCCCUCUCUUGAUAAAACAUACCAAGAAGAACAGCCCAGCCUUGUCCCUGACAGCUGAACAAAUGGUCAGUGCUUUGCUGGAAGCUGAGCCGCCAAUACUCUAUUCUGAAUAUGAUCCGAACAGACCUUUCAGUGAAGCUUCAAUGAUGAGUUUAUUGACCAACUUGGCAGAUAGGGAGCUUGUUCACAUGAUCAACUGGGCAAAGAGGGUGCCAGGUUUUGUGGAUUUGACACUGCAUGAUCAGGUCCAUCUUCUAGAAUGUGCCUGGUUAGAAAUCCUCAUGAUUGGCCUUGUCUGGAGAUCAAUGGAACAUCCAGGAAAACUUCUGUUUGCUCCUAACCUACUGCUGGACAGGAACCAGGGGAAAUGUGUGGAAGGUAUGGUGGAGAUCUUUGACAUGUUGCUGGCUACAUCUUCUCGCUUUCGAAUGAUGAAUCUCCAGGGUGAAGAGUUUGUGUGCCUCAAGUCCAUCAUUUUGCUUAAUUCUGGAGUGUACACAUUUCUCUCUAGCACUUUGAAAUCUUUGGAAGAAAAAGACCACAUUCACCGAGUCCUGGAUAAGAUCACAGAUACUUUGAUUCACCUGAUGGCCAAAGCUGGUCUUUCUUUGCAACAACAGCACCGACGCCUGGCUCAGCUCCUUCUGAUCCUUUCCCACAUCAGGCACAUGAGCAACAAAGGAAUGGAGCACCUGUAUAGCAUGAAAUGCAAGAAUGUGGUCCCACUCUAUGAUCUGCUCCUGGAGAUGCUGGAUGCUCACCGCUUACAUGCACCAGGGAACAGAGGGGGUGCCCCUAUGGAGGAAGACAACCAGAACCAGCUAGCAACUGCAUCAACUUCAUCACAUUCCUUGCAAACCUAUUAUAUCACAAGGGAUGAGGAGAGUUUCCCCACCACAAUCUAAGAGCUCCUGAGGCUCAAAUCCCAGGAGGUCCUGAGAAUCCCAGCAGCAUAAUAUCAACUUCAUGCAUCACGUAAGCUAAAUAAUAUCACAUAAACACACUCCAGUAUGCAUCCAUCACCAGUGAUUUUGAAUAUGAGUGUCUAUUCAUUUGCUUGCUACCAUUCUCAACAGCAAACAUUCAGUUGUUGCAAAUAACCAACAGGGAUUCCAGGGCCAAGUUACUUGUAAUUUUUUUUUUUGCAAUGGCUCUUCCCCACCACCCCCUUUGCUGCAUUAAUUAGCUUAAGGAUUCCUGUAGCUCUUCAAAACUGAGCUCAGCCUAAGAGUUGAGUCUCAAUUGGCCCUUUGCUUUAAAGCCAUGUUGAAGCCCUGACCUAGGAAGUAGGCAGGAAACAGUUCUUUAAGCACAUGUCUUUUGCUGGUUGGCUCUAAGAAUGAGCCACUCACACAAAUUUAAACUAGCUUCUUUAACUGCUGGCUUAGGAAAGGAUAGGUCAUGGGUUAAUUAUAGCCUACUCUUGUAUUCCUAUAGAAAUGUAUCAUUUUUAUUACAGUCAUAUUCUACAGCUUUUGCUCUAUUUGCAUGGUGAUAGUAAAAUGGUCCUGUGAUUAUUUCUUUCCAUUUAGCAAUACAAGAUGCAUCCAGUUUUAUAUGUUGAUCCUCAUUGCCAAAGCUCUGUGGGCUUAAUGCAUCAGAUACUAGGGCUUGCUGAGAAUUGCAUCAUUGAAGACAGUGUUCCAGAGGAUAUGUGCAUUGCAUUUGAGGCAGUGAUUUCUGUCUAGUUAAUUCAUGCUUGCCAUCGCCAAUAGUUAUAGGCAAGUUUGUCCCUGUUGAACCUCCUAUGCACAUACUAAACUCCUCCCUCCCACUUUUUAAACUAGUCAAAUCUUCUUAAUGAUUUUUAAUGAAACUGGUAGGAGAUUAGUUUCUGGACCUGCCUUUGGCAUGGACUUUUGUUUACUGGUCAAAGAGCUCCAUGUGAACAAAUUGGAUUUUUAUGAGUAACAAAAGUCUCUUCUCCUGUAGAUUAUCUCCUGGCCACAUGUGAGACUCCACAGGAGGUACAAUGACUCAUUAGGCCAGUGACAUCUGGUUAACUAUUCACAAAAUACUAUGUUCAGACAUAUGUAAGACUCCAGAAGAAAAAGAGUGAGAAACAGACAAAAAGGAAAGGGAUCAGACUGAGUAAAUGUACCUGCAUGGUAAUCCUCAACCACACAUGGAAUUGUUUUCUGAGUUCAAACCCAGCUCUAGGUUCACCCAGUCACCAACGAACAAGUUCAUUGUCCCUUAUAUUUCUCCAAUAUUUUCCUUAGGCAAGUUCAGCUUGAGUUUAGUGGUCUUGUCUUGUUAAAAAAAAAAAAAAAAAGCAGUGUUGACUUUGUUGUGUCUCCAGAACACCUACCCUGUGUGAACUGUUUUACUAAGUUAGUGCUUCUGGUGUGGGUAGAGAGUGCUCUUGUAGUCAAACUGCUGCUUUGAUGUUUUAGACUAGUUCAUUUGAAAAAGAAUGGGAGGACUGGCCAAAGCUUUUAUCAAAUUCUAUUUCUUUGGUUUUCCCCCCCAAAGUUCAGCCUAGAAAAAGUUUCUCCAUGGCCCACUUUGUUUCACAAGCCAAGAACGGAAAAUUAGCCCAGGGCCACAGGAAUCCUUCUAAUUAAAUUAAAAAAGAAAUGGUCUCACCACCUAAGGGCAGCUAUUCCAAGAACUCUUCCCUGGUCAAACUGCAGCAUGAGGGAUUUUCAUUUUACAACAAAUAGGACACAAAUGGGCCCAGGGCACUAAGAAAAAUAUGUGUUGUUAGCUACCUUCCUCCUUAGGAGGCCCACAAUCUAAAAUUCAAAACAAGACUGGGAGAUUAUUUGGCAAAUCACAACUAGGAUCAGCUGCUUGGGAUUCUCAUCAUAUAUGUAGUAUGUAAAGCAAAUUAAAUUGUGUUCAUUUCCAGGCACCCAGUGUGAGCCGUGAUGGAAGUGUUGGGAAAUGGGAAGGGAUAAAACAAUGUUGAUUUCCAGUAUAUGUAUGUGCAUUUAACUUUCUGGGCAAUUUUACUUAUGUACAUCACUAGUUUGUUCAGAAAAUAUAUAUAUAUAUUUUUUCUUUUUUGUCAUUUUUGUGGGGGAAAAAAGCACCUUAUAUAGUGUAAUAUAUUUUUUAAAAUUGCAUCAUUUGCUUAUCAGACGAUUGAAUGUAGCAAUUGUGUUCUAGAUUUUGGUUGACUGGGUUACCAUGCAAAAAAACCAACCAACAAAAUGUUUAGCUCUUAGAUACUCUUCAAGCUACCUUAUGUGUAUGCCAUCAUUUAAAGCCUGGUGAUUGUUCAUUUACAUGAAAAUCACAUUUCAUAUCAACUUUUAUAUCCAUAGUACACAAAAGCAGCAUGAAUCUCGGUGCCUAUUGCUGGAUAUGGGAAGAUGGUUAAUCUCAUGUAGCAGAGCCUAGACCUGAGAAGGAAGACUAUUCAGGGCAGCUAAUUUUGCUUUUACCAAAAUAAUAGUAAUGAUAUAUGUGAACAGUAGCCAUUGGGAUGGUGGAUUCUUUUUAAUGUUUAUACUUGGAUUUUCUUUUUAAAAAAACAACAAAAAAAAAAACCACAAAAACAAAUAAAAAAAGCCACCCUAGGACUAUAGAUGACUUAAUUCCAGCUGAAACCAAACAGAAACAGAGUGGAGGAUUUUACUUAGCUCAUCCAAAGAGUUUGUAUGUAUGUCAAGAUCCCACUAAGCUUGACAGGAAGAAAAAAAAAUCAGAUGGACUAAGUAUUAGUCUGUUAUAUCUGAGUCUUGAACAAUUUUAGAAAUUUCUUCCUGGCCUUAACUAAAAUGACAACUAGUGAGUGAUUGACAAUUGUUAGCUUAGGCUGCUCUUCCUUAUUCAGGCAUACGCUGGAGAUCCAUUGUUAGUAGUUUUCUUUCUGGAAAAAUUUAUAAGUAGAAAGGUAGGAUUUACUUCUUCCUUUUUCUUUUGGGGGACAAUACAAUGAUUGUCAAUUGUCUAAUGCUUUCUAGUACAGGUUAGGAUAAUGUAUAUUAAGGAUUUGCCACCAAAACUCUGUCCCCAAACUGCUUGCAGAUAAUUACUCUAAUGGAUAAUCACUUAAAAAUGGUCAUUUUAGGGCUUUUAAAAAUAGGGAAGGAACAAUAGGACUUGCUUCAGGCCCAGAGAGGCGAGACAUUUUCUGGAGAAAUAAAGUUAAAAUAAGAGAUGGACCACAUUUCUUCUUAACCACAAUCUAGCUAUGGAUUUAAUAGAGUGAUAGUUUAAUGAUAUCAUAGAGUAACAAGAGGAUGUAAAUAAACCAAAUUCAAUACCCAACAUUCAUUGCUAAAGCCAGCCCCUGAGGAAAAGCAGUCUUUGAUUUGAUUUGUCUCAUCCAUGUUUAAACAAAGCUAAAGAUUAUACCUUUUCGAGAGAGAGAAAACACACACACACACAUGCAUGCACAUUUAUAAUUCAGCUUUAAAUACACCAAUAUGACAUUGAUUUUCCCUCUUUACAUUGUUUGGGAAGAUUUGGUUUGUGGGAAGGACAAAUCAUACUGAAACUACCAUCAUUAGAAUGGCUAUGUUGUAAAUGUUUGGUCUAAAAUACUGAAUGAAAUUUAUUUAUUUAGGAUUUAUACUAUGCUCACUUCCAAAAAGGAUUUGAGGCAGCAUCAUUUGAGGAAAAAACAAAACAAAACAAUUAAAAUACUUUCCGUUUAUGACUUUUCCCAACUCUGAAUUGUCUUUUUCCAUGCCCUGCCCGUUCUCAAAAAAAAAAAAACAAGAUUAGAUGACUGUGGAUGUUGUAAUCAAUGUCUUAUCUAUCCACUAGAAAAUUUUCAAAAGGAAACUAGCGCCACCCCCCCUUUUUAUGAAAAAAUCAAUCUGGUCAUGAUAUGCCUUGACUCAUUGAUCAUUGUUUUAUUUUGAGCAGGUCCUGAGAGUUGAAUGCAUACUUACUGCAUGCUUUUGUCUGUCAGUGUCCCAGAAAUUUAAUAUAUUAUCAAUUAGAAUCAGUUGAAUUAAAUUGUGAGUACCAAAUAUCCAUCUUUCCAUUAUUGCAAUUUUCUUCUGUUUUCUAGCUGUAUUUCUGUCAAUUAAAAAUGUGGGCUAUUUUUAAGUCAUUGAAGAUUAUUUUCUAAGUGAUUGCUGCCUUUAUUAAGCAUUUCAAUUUUGCACUCUUUCAGAGAUAAAAGGAAAAAAAGAGUUUCUAUUAUCUUUUUUGCAUCCAAAUGUGCCUGAAAUUUUAAAAUAUGUAAAUGCUGCCAUGUUCCAAGUCCAUCCUCAGCAUGUAUGUGCUGUACAGCAGGGCACCUGGAAAAAUCAACAUACAAUCCCUACUAGAAACUAGGUGCCACCAACAACUGACCCCUCUGCGAAUGAAGAGAGGUCCUUGGUCACAGAGACUUGAAUUAACAAGCGACUUAUGCCAGUCUUUGUACUCUUACAGCUUCAGAAAAUAAUGCUUUUAAAAAAAUUUUUGGUGUACUCUACACAGUCUUUCUAUAUAGAGUAUUUGUUUUAUGGGAGGAGGCUCAGCUGCCAUGAUGUGUUAGCUGGAUUAUUCUGCUCUUUUACUGAUGCAUACUGUUUUUUGACGUAAUUUUGUUUUGUUGCCGCCUUGCUUUGUUAAAUGAAACACACAUGUAAACCUCUUUUGCACCUUUAAGAAGUAAAGAAUUUGAUGGGAUACCCAAGAACCUGUAGACAAUUUUCUCAAUCUCUUUGAUGUUCAAAUAAACAAUUAAACAGAA